AUGAAGGUCAGCAAGAUCAUCGUCUACCCGAUCAAGGCUCUCCGAGCAGUGGAGCUCGAAGAAGCAGAAGUCACGAAAGAAGGCUUCCCCAACGACCGUCGGUUCAUGAUCCUCCACGUCACAAAAGACAAAGAUGGCAACACAGAAUACAAAAACGUCCACGUCGCCCACUACCCCGAGAGCGUCCUCUUCUUCCCAUCCCUCAACACAGCAGCGGGCACCAUGACCGUAACCUACAAGCCUCCCCAAGGCGAGUCCAAAACCAUCGACAUCCCCCUCCGACCAGACAUCAGCGACCUCUCCACCAUCAACAUCGAAAUGCACAAGUCCCCCACAAAAGCCUACCAAAUGCCCCAAGAAUACAGCGAAUGGUUCUCCACCUGCUACGCCAAAGAAGUCAUCCUCGUCUACCUCGGCGAACACCUCCGUCCCGUGCUGAUGUCUUCCACCCAACCCCCUCAAACAUCCAACAACUCCGCCACAGGCUGGCUCUCCUCCAUCACCAGCACCGCAGCCGCCUACCUCCCCACCUCCAUUUCCAACUCCCUCCCUUCGCCCGGCAUCACAUUCGCCGACUGCGCGCCUUACCUCGUCGCCUCGGAAACCUCCAUGGACGACUUGCAGACACGGCUCGAGUCCGAGAAAAUGGACAUCAUCAAAUUCCGACCUAACAUCAUCGUCUCAGGCGCGGACGAAGCCUGGGAAGAGGACUUCUGGUCGGAACUCACGAUUGGCAACGCCACGAAGAUCGAAUGCGUGCACAAUUGCGGAAGAUGUAAGAGUGUCAACAUUGACUACGAGACGGGUCAGCCGGGCACGACGGAGCAAGGGAGCAUGUUGAAGAAGAUGCAGAAGGAUCGGAGGGUGGAUGCCGGGGUGAAGUAUAGUCCGAUUUUUGGGCGGUAUAGUUUCUUGGGUGAGGGUUGUGAGGGGGAGGUGGUUAGGGUGGGUGAUGAGGUGGUUGUUUCGAGGAGGAAUGAGGAGAGGACGAAGUUUGGUGAGUUUGACUUGUUCUCCAUUUGUCCAAUGCUACAUGCUUCCUCUCGUUCUAUGUUGUGGAUACAAUCGCUGACUGUGUGCCAAUAG